CUCAGAGACUUCUGCUGAAACUUUUGGCGUUUCUCAAUGUCCGCGACGCGUUGACUGAACCGCAGCAGAUGCAGAGAGCGACAGUGUUUAUGGAGGAGUUAAAGCAGAGCGCACUGGCAGCGCCGGAUCUGUAUUCAAAGUAUGCUCGAGUCUGGAUCUCAGACCCCACAGAGGUGUGGAGAUCAGCAGAGCUCACCGCAGACUACAGCCCUGGAGAUACUGUACUACAUCUAGAGCUGGAGGAUGGCACAGAGUUGGAAUAUAAGCUGGACCCAAAGCAUGACGUCCUGCCUCCCCUCCGUAACCCAGACAUCCUGGUGGGCGAGAAUGACCUUACGGCUCUCAGCUACCUCCAUGAACCAGCCGUGCUGCACAACCUCCGGGUUCGAUUCACAGACUCCAAGCUUAUCUACACAUACUGCGGCAUCAUCCUGGUCGCCAUCAAUCCUUAUGAAAGUCUUCAGAUCUAUGGAGCUGACAUCAUCAAUGCAUACAGUGGGCAGAAUAUGGGUGAUAUGGACCCUCAUAUCUUUGCUGUGGCAGAGGAGGCCUAUAAACAGAUGGCCAGAGAUGAGAAGAAUCAGUCCAUCAUCGUAAGUGGAGAAUCCGGAGCGGGGAAGACCGUGUCUGCCAAAUAUGCCAUGCGUUAUUUCGCAACAGUCAGCUCUUCUGCAGAAACCAGUGUGGAGGAAAAAGUGCUGGCGUCCAGCCCCAUCAUGGAGGCGAUAGGAAAUGCCAAGACAACAAGAAAUGACAACAGCAGUCGAUUUGGGAAGUAUAUCGAGAUUGGGUUCGACAGGAAGCACCACAUCAUUGGGGCCAACAUGAGGACAUACCUUCUGGAAAAGUCAAGAGUGGUGUUCCAGGCGAGUGAGGAAAGAAACUAUCAUAUCUUCUAUCAGCUCUGUGCCUGCGGCCAUUUACCCGAGUUUGAACCUUUGAAGUUAGGUAGCGCUGAUGAAUUUCCCUACACUAAUCAAGGCAGAAGCCCUCUCAUAGAGGGAGUGAAUGACCUCAAGGAGAUGCAGGCCACUAGGAAAUCCUUUUCACUGUUGGGAAUCACUGAGACACACCAAAUGGGUUUAUUCCAAAUCCUGUCUGCUAUUCUUCAUCUGGGGAAUGUGGAAGUGAAGGAGAGGGGAUCAUCAAGCUGUGCCAUCUCUGAUGAAAAUGGCCACCUGGCAGUUUUCUGUGACCUUACCGAGGUGUCGUACGAGUCUAUGGCUCACUGGUUGUGCCACAAAAAACUCAAGACCGCCACAGAAACCUUGAACAAGCCUGUAACCAGAAUGGAGGCUUUAAACGGCCGUGACGCUCUCUCAAAGCACAUUUACGCCAAACUCUUCUCGUGGAUUGUUGGGCAGGUCAACAAGGCCCUGAGCACUUCCUCCAAACCGUACUCAUUCAUCGGUGUACUAGACAUCUAUGGGUUUGAGACGUUCGAACUGAACAGCUUCGAACAAUUCUGCAUCAAUUAUGCCAACGAGAAGCUCCAGCAGCAGUUUAACAUGCACGUCUUUAAACUAGAGCAAGAAGAGUACAUGAAGGAGCAGAUUCCAUGGACGCUCAUCGAUUUCUACGACAACCAACCCUGCAUUAACCUGAUCGAGGCCAAGAUGGGCUUGCUAGAUCUUUUAGAUGAAGAAUGCACUAUGCCAAAAGGUUCCGAUGACUCUUGGGCACAAAAGCUGUACAACACUCACCUGAAGAAAAGCUCUCACUUUGAGAAACCUCGUAUGUCUAACAAAGCUUUCAUCAUCCAGCACUUUGCAGACAAGGUUGAAUACCAGUGUGAUGGAUUUUUGGAAAAGAAUAAAGACACAGUCAAUGAAGAGCAAAUUAAUGUCCUAAAGGCAAGCAAGUUCGCCUUGCUUGCUGAGCUCUUCCAGGAUGAGGAAACACCUACAGCUCCGAGCACCACGGCACCAUCUGGUCGUGCAGAGUUUAAACGGCCCACCCAGUCUUUCAGGGAGCACAAGAAAUCGGUUGGACUACAGUUCCGGAAUUCUCUACACUUGCUCAUGGACACUUUGAACGCCACCACCCCACACUACGUGCGCUGCAUCAAGCCAAAUGACCUUAAAGCCCCCUUUAUGAUGGACCCCCAUCGAGCCGUUCAGCAGCUUAGAGCGUGUGGAGUCCUUGAAACCAUUCGUAUCUCAGCUGCAGGCUUUCCUUCCAGGUGGACUUAUCAAGAGUUCUUCAGCCGCUACCGUGUUCUAAUGAAGUUGAAAGAUAUCCUGUCAGACAGGAAGCUGACCUGCCAAAGUGUGCUAGAACGGCUUGUGCAGGACAAAGAUAAAUAUCAGUUCGGAAAAACGAAGAUCUUCUUCCGGGCUGGUCAGGUGGCUUAUCUGGAAAAGCUGAGGGCAGACAAACUCCGCAAAGCUUGCAUCCACAUCCAGAAAACCAUUCGGUGCUGGGUCGCCCGUAAGAAGUACUUGCGUAUUCGCCAAGCAGCCAUUACCAUACAGAGAUAUGUGAGAGGACACCAGGCUCGAUGCUUGUGCCAUGCUCUGAGAAGGACGCUGGCCGCAGUGAUCUUUCAGAAGAACACACGCAUGUGGGCGACUAGACGACAGUACCAGCGACAGAAAGCAUCAGCAAUUCUUAUUCAAAGGUUACUGCGCGGCUAUGCAGCCAGACUGGAGUACAAACGGCUGGUGUGCAAGCGCAAGGCUUUACUGAUCCAGCGUUGGGUGCGUGGCUUCCUGGCUCGUUGGCGUUUCCGUCGCAUCAAGCGGGCUGUGGUGUACCUGCAGUGUUGUGUUCGCAGGAUGCUAGCUCGCCGAGAGCUCAAGAAACUCAAGAUAGAAGCCAGAUCGGUCGAGCACUACAAGAAACUCAACUUUGGCAUGGAGAACAAGAUCAUGCAGCUUCAGAGGAAACUGGAUGAGCAGCAUAAGGAGAACCAAGAGCUUACAGAGCGAAUAAGUGAAGUGGAGACCCAUAAUGCUGCUGAGUUGGAGAAGUUGAACCUGGAGCUCAAGAAGCUUCAAGGGUCUGAAGAAGAAGCUCAUCAUCGUACAGACCAGGUGACAUUGUUGCAGGAAGAAUUGGAGUUGGUCCGUCAAGAGUUGGAGAGGAACAAAGAGAUGGUAGCUGAGCUGAAUGAGAGAAACAGUUUGCUGAAGAGUGAGAAAGAUGAAAUGAACAGACUUAUCCAAGAACAGGAGCCACAGAUAAUAGAAAAGUUGGAGGCGACCCAUCAGGAGGUCACAGAGCGCCUUCAGGCACAACUGAACGAGGAACACUUCCGUUACCAAAACCUACUGAUGGAGCACUUGAAACUGGAGGACCGCUACACUGAUCUGAAAUCAGAGAAAGAAGCAGCUGUAGAGCUUUCCAAACCUAUUCAUAACAGAGCAGAUUCUGGCUACAGCAGUAGCCAAUCAGAGAGCCCCUACAGCUCUGUGCUCACAGGGUCAGAGGUCAGCACGCUGGGAAGAGAGGAUGCUGGUCAGACGGCAGCAGAUUUGUCCCUCCUGAUGAAACUACAGAGGAGAGUCGCUGAGCUGGAGAAGGAAAAGAUGGACCUGCAAAGUGAGAUGGACACUAAAGAAGAACAACUACUACAGGAACGUACCAAGGAACUGGAGGAGUGUCAGAGAGAGUUAGGGGCUGAGAGGGACUACGAGGCCCUGAAGCGUCAAGAAUUGGAGUCUGAUAACAAGAAACUGAAGAAAGAUCUCCAGGAGCUCCGCCAGUCUCUCAGUAAGGGGGUGGGGUCAAAGGCCACGCCCCCCGGAGGUCAGGCCUUUAACGUGCUCCUUGAGCAGCUCAACUCCACCAGUGAAGAGCUCGAUGUGCGAAAGGAGGAAGUUUUUAUACUUCGGUCUCAGCUGGUCAGCCAGGAGGCGUUCAAACAUAAGGAAACGGCGGCUGAAGGAGACUCCAAUGACUCCAGCAGAUCCCCCACAUUUUGUGACCUUCAUGAGCUCAAUGAGGAUGGAGAACUCUGGAUGGCUUAUGAGAGCCUAAAAGAAACUAACAAGUUGCUGGUGUCACAGUUACAAACUCAGGGUCAGUCCCAUGAAAAGGAGAUGGAGGACAUGAAGGCGGAGCUUCAGCGGUUAAGGGCGGAGCUUGAUCAUCAGCAGCAGAUGCUUUCAGACAAUCUUGAACUUCCACAGGACGCACGAAUACAAGUUAGCCUACAGCAUGAGAUCAGUCGCCUGACACAACAAAAUCUGGACCUAUUGGAGCAGAUGGGCAAACAGGACAAGAUGAUCCGCAAACUAAAGAAACACCUGAAAAUCUAUGUAAAAAAGUUUGGGGAGCCUGAGGCGGGUGUUCAUAUUGAACAGUCCACUCCAGAGAACAUGAUUGUUGAGAGCGGACGAAUGGUCAGUAUCGCUCGUAAAGAGAGAGACUUCCAGGGUAUGCUGGAGUACAGGAGAGAGGACGAGAGCAAACUGCACAAGAUACUUAUCACAGAGCUCAAACCGCGAGGUGUGGCUGUGAAUUUGAUCCCAGGCCUGCCUGCUUAUAUUCUCUUUAUGUGUCUGCGACACGCCGACUACGCCAACGAUGACCAGCGGGUCUCCACGCUUCUGAACUCCACUAUCAACUCCAUCAAGACCGUACUAAAGAAAAGAGGAGAUUUUGAAACCAUCUCAUUCUGGUUGGCCAACACCUGUCGCUUCUUGCAUUGCCUUAGGCAGUACAGUGGAGAAGAGGCAUACACAAAGCACAACACUCCUCGGCAAAACAAGCACUGCCUGACCAACUUUGACCUGUCUGAGUACCGUCAGGUUCUGAGCGAUCUGGCGAUUCAAAUCUACCAGCAGCUCAUCAGGGUCAUAGAUAAUAUUCUACAUCCCAUGAUUGCCCCAGCCAUGUUGGAGCAGGAGACCAUUCAGGGUGUGAUGGGUGUGAAGCCCACAGGAAUGAGAAAGCGCACUACCAGUUUCCCUGAGGAGACCUCUUACACGCUAGAGUCUAUUUUAAAACAGCUGGAUGGAUUCUAUUUCACACUGCUUCAACAUGGCAAUGACACUGAGCUCGUUCGACAGUUCAUCAAACAGCAGUUCUACGUCAUCUGCUCUGUCACACUAAACAACUUGCUGCUUCGCAAGGACAUGUGCUCCUGGAGUAAAGGUCUGCAGAUCAGGUAUAAUGUUUGUCAGUUGGAGGAAUGGUUGCUGGAUAAGGAUCUUAAGGGCAGCGGGGCGCGUGAGAGUCUGGAGCCUCUGAUACAGGCAGCUCAACUUCUGCAGAUCAAGAAGAAGAACCAGGAUGACGCAGAUGCCAUCUGCACCAUGUGUACUGCACUCACAACUGAACAGAUUGUGAAAAUUCUCAGCUUGUACACACCAGUUAAUGAGUUUGAGGAGAGAGUAUCUAUAUCAUUCAUAAAGUCCAUACAGACUUUAUUAAAGGAUCGUAAAGAGUCUUCUCAACUUCUGAUGGACGCUAAGAUAAUUUUCCCCGUCACUUUCCCCUUCAAUGUUGCUCUCGAGACAAUCCAGCUGCCCAGCAGCCUCAAUCUGAGUUUCCUCACCCGGGUUUAAAAAUAUGCGAAGUUAUGAUGUCAUAAUGUGACUUUACCUUCUGGAAUUAUAAGAAUGUUUACACUUCAUGUAAUACUGUAAUAUAUUUCACUUGAUAGAAGAAUUUUAGAGCCGUUAAAUAUAUUUCACUGUCUGUGUUUGCUGGAGUAUGUAAUGUGUUUGUGGGGCAACAUGGUUCAGGACCUCGGUUUAACGUUAUAUCCCAAAUGUGUAUGCUGCCUUAUAGAAAAAGUGUUUGACUAAAUGUAAUUGUUCUAAAGCAUAUUAAAAGAGUAUCCACUUGUAGGGUGUAAAAUAUUUUCUUUUCGCUA